AUUUGAUAGAUUUGCUGUAUUUGAUCGAUUUGGAGUUAUAACAAUAUUAACAAUAGGAAUAUUAACGGCAUAUCCCGAUCCUGAUCCUGAUCCACUUGUCGAAAUCAUAUUAUUAUAUUAUCAUUUAAAAGGUGACGACGAUUCAUAUUUGGUAGAAGAAGUAACUUUUGAAGAUACCAAUGAUGCAGCAGUCAUUGAUGAUGAUGAAUAUUGUACAAUUGAUGUUGGUUCCGCUGCUACUUCAUUAGAAAUUGCAGGCAUUACAAGUACCCCUUCUAAGCCUUCUAAGGAUACUUCAUCAGCUACAUCAGCUACUACUACAAGUACUACUUCAAAAACUUCUUCAAAAACUUCUUCAGUUACUACUACACGUGCUACUACAAAUGCUUCUUCAAAUACUCCAUCAGUCACUACUACAAAUACAUCUUCAAGCAUUGAACAAAAUAAAAAUUUAAAUGGUGCUACGACAACCUCUGCUGCAACUACUUAUACAAACAGUGCAUCAAGUCAGAGCGUUCCUACCGGUAGCCUUAGUACUACAGGUAUAGCAUUAAUUGCUGCAGUUUGUAGUCUUAUUGUUAUAUUUAUAGGCGCGCUCACUUGUAUUCGUAAAAAGAAACGUCGACAAAUGACUGAUACAAUAGUCGCAACAUCUUCUUCUGCUUGGGAACAACAAAAUAAUACAUAUGAAAAAUUGGAAGAGGAAACUAAUUAUACUUCACCACCACAACCAAAACCUAUAGGUUCAUAUACAGUUAUUGCAACUUAUACUCCAACUUUACCUGAUGAAUUAGAUAUACAACCAGGAGAUAAAGUUGCUAUUUUAGUUGAAUAUGAUGAUGGGUGGGUACAAGGUGUUAAUGAAACCCGAGGAGGAACUAAAGGUGUAUUCCCUCGUCAUUGCGUAGACAUGAACAUUGCUCUAAAUAAUAAGCGAUCUAGUUCUAUGGGAACAUAUUCAGUUGUAGAUCUUAACUAA